AUGGUUGGGGUUCGCGCACUCGUCGUCGCCGCCGUGUUGGCGGCCACGAAUGCGUCGCUGCGUCACGAGUCGACCAACCAUUACAUGGAGACGCGGUCGCUCGGCGAGAUCAAGGCCCCGUCGAUCAGCAACGAUACGAUGGACAAGGCGCGCAAUGCGAGUGUCGACUUUCAAAAAUUCCUCACCAACCUCCGCGGCGCGGGCGCCGCGGACUAUUACAACAAGCUCUACAACGCGAUCCAGAUUGCACUUUGCGAAUUCAACGUUGCGUCCGACAGCCACGAUGCCAAGUCGGCCGAAGCCAACAUGGUGUACACGGGCGCUGACGAUAAGAUCUUGCCGUAUUUUCGGUUUGUGUCGGCGUCGAGCGACUAUGCGCUCAAGGACAGCAACAGCAAGUGCAUUCGCGUAGCCAACCCGCCCGCCAACGUCUUGAGUCAGUACAACGCUGGCAUGUGCGAAGUCAAAGUCAACUGUUACUGGCGCGCGAUCGAUCCGACCGCCUUGACGGACCGCGUGCCCGUGUACUCGGUCAACCAAGCCGUGCAGCCACCGUCCGGUGCCAUGACGUACGAAGCUGCAAAGGAGACGCUCACGACGUGGGUCAAGGGCUUUGGCGCGUGCAUCAUUCCGUCGGCGAUUUUGCUCAUUCUGAGCAUCCUCACGAUCCUUCUCUUCAUUUUGUGCCGCUGCUGCUGCAACCGGUGCGGCGGCCGCAACGGCAAGCCUGGUGGCUACUCGUGCAGCGAGAAGGCGUUACCGAUCGUGUUCUACCUCAUGUUCUCCAUUGCGAUUGUCGUGCUCGCGGGCCUCGCCUAUGUCUACUCGACGGUCAUUACGACCUCUGUGAGCAACAUUUUCACCAUUGCUCUCGGGCUCAUCACUCAAAUCGUCGACUGGAUCGCCAAGCUGCUGGCGCCUCUCGUGGACAUUGCCGGCACGGUCGAGUCGUCCGCCUCCAGUAUUGAUGCGCAGCUCGCGGGCUCGGCCUUUAUCGGGGACGGUCUCAACGGCAUUGUACUCCGACUCGGCGAGUUCGCCACCAACACCGCCGACGUUACGCUGCCGCGCGGUUGCACGGUCGGCACGGACCGGUUUUGCACCCCCUGCGAUGCGUGCACGACGAUUAGCCAGCAAGUGGGUACGGCGCGCGACCAAAUGAACUCGGUGGCGGGCUCGGGCGUCUCGGAGCUGGCGGACGCGCGCACGAACAUUAUGAAGCUUCUCGUGUCGGCCAGUGGCACGAUUUCCAGCUUUGUCUCGGGCGUCACGACGACCAACACGCAGCUCCAAGCGCAGAUCAACGACCAAAACAAGCUCAUCUUGGACAUCCAGUCGAGCUGGGACAGCAAUGGCACGAUCUCCCAAGCUGCGUUUCUCGCGCUUUUCGCGUUGGCGAUUGUGACGAUUGCGCUCGGCCUCCUCGGCGUCCUCUUUGGCUUGACGCCCCUCCGCGUGCUCGUGAUCAUCAUGCACCUCGCGUACAUUGUCGGGUUCAUCGCGAUCAUCGUCACGUUCAUCCUCUCGAUCGUCUUUAUCGCCUUCAGCCUCCUCCUCGUCGACGUCUGCAAGCUGCAAGCGAUCGCGGCCGGCGACUGGACCACGGUCUUUGGCGACCAAGCGUCGGGCAUGAACGCGUGCUUCCAUGCCAACGAGUCGCUCAUUGACGCGUUUAACCUCACGUCGAGCUUUGCCUUUGCCACCGACAUUUCGUUCCCGACGCUCGAUUUAAGCAAAAUGCUCGACUUUUCCGCCUUCGACUCGUUCGCAACGAGUAUCAACGGCGUUUCGACAAACACGUUCAAGUUGGACCCGACGUUCACAGGCCUCUUCCUCGAUGCGCUCAACGGCAACUCGUCGAUCCAUGUGGGCGGGUGCCACGCGACCGGCGGCGCCUAUACGCUCACCAACAUCUUUACGCCAUGGAGCGCCAACAGCGACACGCAGCCCAACGAGACGCCCGAACACUACAUGACCACCAAGUAUUCGCCGGCGACGGUCGGCGCGUGUCCGGCGCCGCCAACCGGUACAUGCGUCACGUCGAGCAACACGCCGUGCUUGUACCAAGACUACAUUGUGCAGCUGUGGCAAAACGUGACGACGCUCCAGACCAUUGCGUUGCAGUCGACGCAGUUUGUUGCCGACAUGAAGACAAACAUGACCAACCUCCAGACGUACAUUGGCACGUUCAAGACCAACGUCUCGACGCUCUCCGACACGAUGAAUGACAUCUCGUCGUCACUCCAGAACACGCUCAUCAAGGACGUCAACACGAUCAAGAGCGAGGCGUACUGCACGUUUGUCGCGACGACGUACUUUGCGCUCACGGAGCAGCUCUGCGGCUACAUGACGCCGUCGUUCCUUAUGAUCGCGCUCUUCCUCUUCCUCAUGGGCGUCUUCCUCAUCCCGAUCAACAUCACGCUCAUCAUCAUGGUCAAGCGGCUUCGGCACAAGCACGGCCACUCGCCCGUCGUCGCCGAGAACGAUCUCAAGUAG